CUCAGAAUGCCAAGCGUGGGGGGGGGGGCAGCGGGUGGCGUAUAAAUCUCCCUGGGUGCUCAGCAGCUUUGCCCUCUGCCUGGUCUCCCCCACCACUUGGUCUGCUCCAGAUCCAAGAUGGCCAGUCCCCUGGAGCAGGCGCUGGGUGUGAUGGUCUCCACCUUCCACAAGUACUCUGGCCAAGAGGGCGACAAGUUCAAGCUGAGUAAGGGGGAGAUGAAGGAGCUUCUACACAAAGAGCUGCCCAGCUUUGUGGGGGAAAAGGUGGAUGAGGAGGGCCUCAAGAAGUUGAUGGGCGACCUUGAUGAGAACAGUGACCAGCAGGUGGACUUCCAGGAGUACGCUGUUUUCCUCGCCCUCGUCACCAUUAUGUGCAAUGACUUCUUUCAGGGCUCCUCUGACCGACCCUGAAACAGAGGUUUCAACUCCCUGCCAUGGAUUUCAUGGGCCCAGGGUUCUCUAUCCCUUUUAUUUUUGUACUCAAUAAAUUCUUUUUUGGUUGUUAAUACUUUAA